AUGUAUCUCAUCUAUACCAUUUGGGUGCUUGCAUUUUUUCCUUCACUGUAUAUAGGCCUUCAGUUUAAACGAGUUGUACCGGAUUUCUGUGGUUACAAUAGGGAACUAAAUAGUCAACGAGGAAGCUGUGAUUAUGUUACAAGCCAGAAUAUACCGUUUCGAUAUCCUUUUGAGCUCACAAUGGUUGUCACAUUUGUUUUACCAUUGAUCUUCAUUUUCUACUGCUACGUCCGAAUACUAGCGAGUCUCAACGAAAUGGCAAUGGCAACACGAGUACACGUGCCUAUAGGGAGCACCAACAGCUCGGAAUUGUCCCAACCGAGCAUUUUGUACGUUCACACGAAAAACUUUGCACCACCAAAAAGUCAACAAGCACAACGAAUGGUCAUGAAAAUGCUCUUUACUGUUACGGCUGUAUUCUUUGUAUGUUAUUUGCCAUAUCACGUUGAACGGUUGAUAGUACAAUAUACGAAGCAACAAUGUGACAGUUCGAUGUUUUGUCUACUUCUUUAUCCUGUUACAGGUCUUCUACAAUACAUCUCAGCCACACUCAAUCCAAUAUUUUACAACCUUAUGUCUACACGGUUUCGAACGGGAUUCACUCAACUUCUUCAUCAGAUUCUACCAAAACGUGAACGAACCUACGGUUCAAUAGCUCGAAUAUGA